UUGGAUAUAAUCACAGGCAUAGAGGUUAGGAUUUACAACACAUUCUUGGGAAACACGACUCAAUCCAUAAAACCAUGGUUUUAGAUAAAUAACACCAGUCCCCAAACAGCAGGACUCAAAUUUCAGGUACAAUUAUGUGAAUAAUUGCAUAAAGUACAAACUUUAGUGCCAGCAUUUCAGUGUAUAAAUUACUACAUAAAUAGCAGAUGUGCAUCAUGAUUGUGUCACUUCAUUCAAAGCCUGCCAGUGAUUGGUGACUGUGUAUCUGUUAUUCACUUUAUACCCAAACAGCAAACCAUGUGGUUGUGUUGCCUUCUUGUCUUGCAGUUAUAAACCUGGGUGACACUUUACAAAAAUGGAUGAUCAAAAGGAAAUGGAUGAACAAAAAUGAAAAAUAGUAACAUUGGAAGUAGUGACAUUUUAAAUCAAACCUAAAUGGAAUUAUAGAAGAUAUGGCUAACUGUAGGAAUGCUGACACUGUGCUGUUUGAGAGAUUCUAGAUAUGCAGUCAGAAGAAUUUAGUGAGAUUAUACUGGAGCAGGGUGGGCCCUAAUCCAAUAGGAUUGGUGUCCUUGGAAGAAGAGAAGAGACACAGAGAAACACAGAGGGAAGAAUGCCACGUGAUAAGGGAAGCAGAGAGUGGAGUGCUGCAUCCUCAAGGGACGUCAAGGAAUGCUGGCCACAUCAGAAUCUGGGAAAAGACAAAAGAAAGAUUUUACUCAGUUUCAGAGGGAGCAUGACCCUUCUGACACCUUGAGUUUGGAUCACUAGCCUUCAGAACUGUGAGAGAAUGCGCUUCUGUUUUUAAAGCCACCUCAUGUGUGGUACUUUGUUACAGCAACCCUAGGAAACUAGAUGCCAAGACAAUUAAAUGGGGGAAAGAGUAGUCUUUUCAAUAAAUGGUUCUGAGACAACUGGAUAGCCAUGUACAAAGGAAUGAAGUUGAACCUGUACUCCACACCACAUACAAAAAUUAACUCAAAAUGGAUAAAAGACUUAUAGGAUUUGAAACGUUCAUUACCAGCUGGCCUUGGUCUCUCAGAAACACAGAUUACAUCUCAUGGCUUUGACAGUACCAAAGAGGGAGUUAUUGAAGCAGGAGCAUUUCAAGGUUCCCCAACACCACCAUUGCCAUCUGUUAUGUCUCCUAGCAGGGUUGCAGCUAGUCGACUGGCUCAACAAGGAAGUGAUUUAAUUGUUCCUGCAGGUGACCAGAGAACACAGACAAAAAGUGGACCGGUUAUUCUAGCUGAUGAAAUUAAAAAUCCUGCAAUGGAAAAAUUAGAACUUGUUAGAAAAUGGAGUCUAAACACCUACAAGUGCACUCGACAAAUUAUCUCUGAGAAGCUAGGCCGUGGCUCAAGAACUGUGGACCUUGAACUGGAAGCUCAGAUUGAUAUAUUAAGAGAUAACAAGAAAAAAUACGAAAAUAUUCUAAGACUGGCCCAGACAUUGUCUACCCAGCUUUUCCAGAUGGUGCAUACCCAAAGGCAACUUGGAGAUGCAUUUGCUGACCUGAGUUUGAAGUCACUAGAACUCCAUGAAGAAUUUGGCUACAAUGCAGAUACCCAGAAGCUGCUGGCUAAAAAUGGAGAGACUCUUCUUGGAGCCAUUAAUUUUUUCAUUGCUAGUGUGAACACUUUGGUAAAUAAAACUAUUGAAGAUACCUUAAUGACUGUGAAACAGUAUGAAAGUGCCAGGAUUGAAUAUGAUGCAUAUCGAACUGAUUUAGAAGAACUGAAUCUUGGACCACGUGAUGCAAACACUCUGCCAAAGAUUGAGCAGUCACAGCAACUGUUCCAAGCACAUAAGGAAAAAUAUGAUAAAAUGCGCAGUGAUGUUUCUAUCAAAUUGAAAUUUCUAGAAGAAAAUAAGGUUAAAGUAUUGCACAAUCAGUUGGUCCUUUUCCACAAUGCCAUUGCUGCUUACUUUGCUGGGAAUCAGAAGCAGCUUGAACAGACACUUAAACAGUUCCAUAUCAAAUUGAAAACUCCUGGAGUGGAUGCCCCAUCUUGGCUUGAAGAACAGUAAUCACACCGGGGGGAAAUGUCACAUUGUUAUAUUUCUAAACAAAUCUAAUAAGAAUAAAGCAGAUUAGGGGAAGUGGGAAGGGGUGACAGCCAUUGUAGUGAUUCUUGCAGACAGCUUUAAUUUUUCCCUUUUUCAUACUUCUAACAAUUGAACUAUGAAAUUUAAUGGGAAUGUGGGUGGCUUUAAUGUAAACAUAAUUUCUAUAAUCUGGACACAGUAAUUUUCCUUUUGGAGAAAUCCUUUUGUAUGGUGAGGAUUGAUGGCUAUUACUGUAGUUUGAAAACAUCUAAUAUAGAUUUGCACUGACAAGAUAAAAAUUUGAGGUUUUUGGUCCUGGAAAUGAGGGCCAGUUGUAACUUUUCCAAAGGGAGGUUUACAUGAUUUGUAUCAACAUCAGAUAUUUUAUAUAAGAAUAUAUUAAACAUCUUUAAGAGAUUCAUUUUCAUGUACUGUCUUAAAGAAAAAAGAAACUAUUUUGCAGAGUAAAAUUAUAUGAUGUUCCUGCAGCAUCCGCACAGAGACAGCAGCCCCUCAUAAAUGACUGGUUGGCUGUGGAGUUGUGACAAAUACCUUUUUAAAAACGAAUCUGUACUGGUGUAAGUUGUUUACACUUUUUCUAAAGACACAGGAGUUGCACUGUCAUUUUGUGAGGUGUUUCAGCUUGUGAAUCUGCAUUACCCAAAGUCACUGGGCACUUACGUUAGCAAUUUGUUUUGAUUCAUAAUGAAACCUUAAGAGAAUUUUUUGACAGGUGGACUUAGGAAUAGAGAUUCUUGACAAUUUCUAGAGUAGAAAUCUGAGCUAGAAAAGUUAAUUUUGGGGUAAAUUCCAUUUUGAUAGAAGUGAAUUACUAGACAGCUUUUAUUGACUUCCGUAUGUAACAAUACUGUUUAAGCCUUAAAUCACAGAUGUGUGCCUUCUCAGAUACAGUAAUUCUUGUUCAGCCAAUGUACAUACCCCAUAAAGAAACCCCUUUCAGAUAAUGUUUAAUGUAUCUGUUCCUUCUUUGGAAAGGAAUACUGUGUAUAAAUUUUGGGUUUCUUUGUACUCGUUAAACUAUGUUAAAGUUCAUAGUGAAAUCAGCUUCUGAGUUUGCUUUUUUGUUUUUUUUAAUUCCUUUUGAGGAAUGGAAACUGGGAGAGGCUUUUUCAUGUGGGUAAUGAAGAGAUAAUGUAGGAUAGUGUGGUGGUAACAGGAAGAAGGGAGAUUGGAAAGGUCAGUACUGUUGUAGUUGCUGGGCAGUGUUGAUUAUAUGUUAUAUGGUUAGCUUCUCCACUCUGUGGUUCUAUCCGUAAUGUAAUCUUUAUUAAAUGUAAAGUUUUCUUAAUUUUUGUCAUAGACAUAACAUUUUGAGAGUUAUCCCUUCACCGGUUCAUUUCUUUUGUGUGGAAAUGAAUUACUUAAAAUUACCAUUAUACACCAAUUUUGUGGACUGUAAGAUUUGUUAUAUAUGUUGAGGUGCCUUUUAGCUGGCUUUUUAAUUACUAUGCCUGUUUUCAGUGCUUAAUACAGUGUAAUGUGAUUGUAAACCAUAAACUUAUUUUAAAUCAUU